GCUGCCGCCGGGGGUGGUGCCAGCAGCGCCGGCCCGACCCCCCACCUCGGGAUGUGCUGAGCAGGGGCAGCUUCCCUCGGGCCUCUCCGCGCCUCGCCCGCCGCCUGCCCGUUCCCCCCGCCGCCCCUCGCCUGCUCGGAACGGGUCGGGUCGCUCGCCGGUGGCGGAGGAUCCCGGUGAUAUAUAUUCCUGUUGAACGUCCUCGUGUGGGCACGGGGGAGGGAGGAGAAGCCGGGCGCCGUGGCCGCCUUGUGCCGACGGCGUGUCCGCGGGAGCCCGUGGGUGCCCCACACGGUCGCGCCGCCCUGCCUUGCUCGAGCUGUGUGAAGAAAGUCUUCAGCCAUGGAUGUGUUCAUGAAAGGACUUUCCAAGGCAAAGGAGGGAGUCGUAGCAGCAGCAGAAAAAACCAAGCAGGGUGUGGCAGAGGCGGCAGGAAAGACGAAAGAGGGAGUCCUCUAUGUGGGUUCCAGGACCAAGGAAGGAGUUGUUCAUGGUGUCACAACAGUGGCUGAGAAGACCAAAGAGCAAGUGUCUAAUGUUGGGGGAGCUGUGGUGACAGGAGUGACAGCAGUGGCCCAGAAGACAGUGGAAGGAGCAGGGAACAUCGCUGCAGCCACUGGCUUGGUGAAGAAGGAUCAGUUGGCCAAACAGAAUGAAGAAGGUUUCCUGCAGGAGGGAAUGGUGAAUAAUUCAGAUGUUCCUGUGGAUCCUGAGAACGAGGCUUACGAAAUGCCUCCAGAGGAAGAGUAUCAAGACUAUGAACCUGAAGCAUGAGAGUCCUUUCCUUCCUUUUAUCACCUGAAAUCUACUAACUACUAAAGACGUCCCAUCCUGUACAAGUGCUGAGUUCCAAUGUGCCCAGUCGUAAAAUUUUUUUACAGUUUUUACAGUGUAUUUUGAAGUCUUCCAUCAGCAAUGAUUGGAGUAUCUGUGACCGCAUCCACCUUGUUUCAGCAUUUCCCUCCUGCUGAAAUGAAACCGGUUGGCAGGGUCAUUGUUGUGCUGUGGAUAUUGUGGCUUCAAGUUUAAAAGUUAAAAAAAGAAAAUAUUAAGUAAAAACACCUAGGUGUCUAAUGCUUAUUUCUAAUUCUGUACAUGUUUUGUUGAUAGCCUGUCAGUAAUUUGAUAUUGUUUAUGAUACAGUUUUUAUUUGUUUCCUAUGACUAUUCUUUCUGUGCAGAGAUGACUUAUUGUGAGAGCUUUAUAUAUACGUGUAUGUAUUAUACAUAUAAAAAAAAAAGUAAUUGAGCAUGAACUAUGCACCUAUAAAUAUUAACUGUUGAAAUUUUAUUGUUUGGUGAUGUGUUUUAUUAACUUGUGUCUGUAAAUAAUGGUGUUCAACUGAAGCAAAUAAAACAUAACCCAUUAAAAA